GGGCAAAUCAGUGAGGUGAUUAGCGAGAGUGAGGAAUUAGCAAGUUUCAUCUUAAUCAAUGUAAUUCAUUUCAACGGUCGUUGGCUGCAUCCAUUCGACGAUUCCAGUACACUCAAGGAGAAAUUCUAUCCAGCCGCAGGUGGGCAAAUACGAAUUCCUACAAUGCAAGUCAUUGAGAAAUUUCCUUUCGUCGAAAACGAUGAUCUAAAAGUUAUUGCGUUACCCUAUGACAGUCAACAGCUCUCGUUGUACGUAUUCUUGCCGAACCGAAUGCAUGGCCUCGAGGAUUUUGAACGUCAGCUGGACGGACAAAAACUUCUGAAUCUUGUGCGAUCAUGCACGGAAACCACUAGAAGUGUUGAGGUUCGAUAUUAUGAUACUUGGCCUUCAGAUAGACUCGGUAUCAGAUAUAUCGAUCAUCUGAGGUCUGCGUUCGAGACAACGUUUUCUUUUUUUCAGGUUCGUAUACCAAAAUUCACAAUUGAGCUCAACUUCCCUAUGAUGGACGCUCUACGAACGAUGGGUGUUCAGGAUGCAUUCAGUGCUCAAGAUGCAGACUUUACAGGAAUCUGCGANGGCACAAAAGCCAGUGCAGUUUCGUCCAUUGGUAUGGUGUUCAAAUCAGGACGAUGGACUCCACACUAUUUCAUCGCCAACCACCCGUUUUUGUUUGCUAUCGUUCAGAAUGAAACACUUCUAUUUGUUGGUCACUUCACAGGAUAA